CAUCACUCCUAGCGGCUUUCUCUGAGCAUUCUCACGCCCGUCUGCCACUUGCUCUCCAGAUCUCGAGGACGUAGGAACUGCAUUUCAUUCUUGGCGUAUUCUUGGAAAGAAGCACUAGGCACAUCCCAGGCUUGGAUUUGGAGCCAAUUGGCUGGUGACAAGCUGGUGGUAUCCAAAGGAUCAGAUUGACUUGAACAGUAAUGGCUAUCAUAUAGAUGACUUCCUUGAGUAUCAUGAAGUAAGAAUGCUUCACCUCUCUGCUGGAUCUUGGAAUCGUCUCUGACAAGAAACAACCUCACUCACCAUGGACUUGGUUCGUGCUUAUGAAGUUACAAGCAAUAAUGAAGUGCCAACUCCUCAAUCACUACACACUAUGGCUUCAGAAAAGUCUGAACUAAAUAGAAAGGAUAAUUUUGAGACUGAAGAAAUCACUGAAUGGGAUGUUAAGUGUAUAACUGCAAAAACUUUAGAAACAAGAUGUGGAAAUGACAACAAAGAAUUUCCCUGGUUACAGGAUCUUAAAGGUAUAAACUGCAAUUAUGCUAUUUUGGUAGAAGUUCUGAAAGCCUAUGAAAAAAAAAAAAGCACUGAAUAUUGUGGUCAGCCCAUAACAGCUUCAGUGAAAAUCAAUCAUGAAAGUAAGAUGGUAUUGGUUUUUUCAAAGCCUAUUAAUGCACAGAUUUCUGCAUUUCGUCGUAUAAUUAAAGAUGUUCUUAAAAAUGCCAAGCCUUGCACUCCUGAGAACUUGGACAAUAACUUUGAAUUUGCUUAUCUUUAUUUUAAUUGUGAGAAGUCUCCUAAAAUAACAUCAUUUAAAGUAUCUCUGGAACAGUUCUGCUCUCAUAUCCAUACCAAUUUUCAAAUAACUAGUGAUAUUGUUAUGAAGCCAUCUAAUGCAAUGGAUGUUCCAGUGACAAGGGAAAUAAAUGAGCAAGCAGAAGAAAUUAAUCCUAUUGAGUGUGCUGCUAAAGACAGCAAGUACCUUAUGUACCAAAAGCAGUCAUACAAUCAUAGCAACUCUAACAGCACUGAAUAUAAAGACAUAAAUCAUUCUAGGAAUAAUAGAAUGCCAAAUGCUGAAGUUCAAGACAAGGCUGUGGACUCUGGCUUAUACAAUAAUGACGAAAUUCACUCUGAUUCAAAAGAAAAUUACCAGAGAAAUUCUAAAACUCAUCAAAAUCAGGUUUGUGUAAGUCACCUUAAUGUGAAUGAAUCUGGAAAUUGUGGAAAUGGCUAUGGUCUGAAAAAAAGAGAGAUGGUGGAUGGUUCAGUUCAAUCCAGUAUUAAUUCACCCUUAAGAGAUGAGCAUACAUCACAUGACAGAAGAGAGAAACCAUUGAGUACAGGAUGUGACUUACAUUACCAAGAUAGAUCUGCCUCAGUUUUGCAAGUUGAGAGUGCACAAGUAUCAAGCACAUGUUCAGUCAGUGUCAAUGAAAAAAGCUCUUCCACAGAGCAUAGUAUUGAAGAACACCAAAGCAGGCAUAUUAAAUUUUGCUGUUUAAGUGAAAUAGCUUGUGAUGAAGAUUGUUCUGGAUUAAGAAGAAAAUACUUUGGUGUUAAAAGUUCUUUAAAGGAAGAAAAGGUAAUAAUUUUAAUUGGGAAUCAAGGAAGUGGUAAGACAGCUUUAGUAAAUUUUGCAGCAAAUUUUUUGAAAGGAGUUGAAGAUGCUGAUGAUAAACUAUACUAUGUAAUGAUGGAUAAAUUAAAUGGAGUCUGCCACACUUCUUCAGUAACUGCAUACACAUUUUGCUUUGCUGAGGAUGCUGCACCAAUUACUAUCAUUGACACACCUGGACUGAGAGAUGGCAGAGAAACUGACAAAAAUAAUCCUCUGCAAACACUGAAGACUUUUUUCAUCAACAGUGACUCCAACAUACAGCUUCAUGCCAUUGGCUAUGUGAUCUCCUCCAGUGCAGUUGGCUUAACUUCAUCAGAACACCACAUGAUUGAUUUUCUUAUUGAGCACUAUGGACAUGGAAUUUCAACAAAUUUCAUUACAAUUGUUACAUUUGUUGCUGAUGUGAUGAAAAAUAAUCCUCAUAAUGAUAUGUUUACAAAAUAUGGCAUUAAGUCAAAAGUUCUCCUGAAAUUCAACAACACUGCUUUCAGUAAGAAGGAAUUGGAUGAUUUUGAUAGAGCCUAUUGGAAGAUGGGCAUUAAGAAUUUGAAAAAGUGUAUCAACCAUCUUAAGAAACUACCACCUCUAACCAUGAAGACUCUUAAAUUGAAGCAGAAGGAAAUUUAUUCAACAUGUAUGGUAAAGUCACUUGAAGAAAAGUUAAAGGGUGAAUUGAAGAGUUUUAUGUUGGCAUACAAAGACACACAUAGUCUAAUGCCAUCAAUACAAGUAAAGUCAGAACAAAUAUGGCGAUCAGCAAUAGUUCUGUAUCGUCUCUUAUCCACAAGUGAUUGCUCCUUAAGUGUUGAAAGUGUUCUUGUGAAAUAUGUUGAUGAAGUGGCACGAGAAAUUUCUUUUCCUUCUAAAGACUGUGUAAUGUUACUCUCUCUUUGUCCAUCACGAGGUCUUCUUGAAGCAGGGAAAAGAGUUAUUGAGUUCAUUGGACCAAUACAUACUCAGAUAGUAAUUGAUGGAAAGCAAAAGAGACCUAUGGGGAAGGAACCAGAGGUUUUGUUUUGCAAAAAAUGUGAUGAUCAACAUGAAAUAAAGAGAGUAGAAAGUAAGUCCAAGAAAUCUGAUGUCACUUACCAUUGCACAAAGUGCCAAUGUGAUGAAAGUGAGCAUAGCAAGUGGACCAAAGCAGAAUAUUGUGAAAAGAAAUGCUACAUUCCCAUAAAGAUUUGUCUUGAACACACCAAGAAGGCCCUUGAAAAUGUCUUACAAGAAUUUUCAGUUCCUGGACAUAAGUUAAACAUAAUAUCUUUUCUGAAAAUCGUCAGACAGAAUGUAGAUGAACAGUUCAACUACUUUAUUGAUAGUAUUAUUCCUUCUUGCACUUAGUUUCUUGCUAGCAUAAUUCCUACAUGUAAUGACAAGCAUUACUGAAAAAAGAUUAACAUUUCUUGAACUACAUGUGUUUAAACUUAAGAAAAUAGUAUUUUCAAUGUUUCAAACAUUUGUUAAACUUAUUACAAUGUAGGUAUAUGAAAUGCAUAAUUUCGUAAUUACUUCCAGUCCGCAGUUUAUUUAUAAAUUACUUGUAGUUUUUGUUAGCAUUAGUGUCAAUAAAAGUGUAUAAUUGUAUGAGGUCAUACAAAUGUUAAGUCUAUAUUCUACUGUUUGAUACAUGAUACUGCUGUUAUCCUCUCUUGUAGUGUGAUUGCUUUCCUGUAUUCUCUAGAAAUAAAACAUUCAUAUGAUGUUACUUAUUAAACUAGAUAAUUCUUAAUAUGGGGAGUAGGAAGUCCAUCAGUCAUAUACACCAUCAUAUUAAUUCUUUCAAGUAGUAUGGAUUCUAGAACUAGUGAUUAUUUAUUAUUAUUGUUGUUGUUGUUGUGACUGCAGCUUCAUCAUGUCCUCUUCUAGCAUGUUUAAUUAUGAAGCAAUGAUUAUUGUCAGUAAUUAAUGGAAAAAAAGAAAAAAAAAUUAUAUAUAUAUAUAUAUAUAUAUAUAUAUAUAUAUAUAUAUAUAUAUAUAUAUAUAAACCUCAUAUUCUUGUGAAUAUAUUUCACAGCUCAGCAGUAUAGACAAAUAUGUUAUCACCGAUUCAGUCAUACAUAAUAUAUACGAACAAAGCAUGAAAAACAUUUCAUAAUCAUUAUUCUGUAAUGUAAUGCCUUGCAUGUAAAUGGGGUUUCACAAAUCAAUAAGGGAAAACUAAAGUGUGAGAAGAUCCAUUGAGGAAGGUUCAGGCUCCAUAAAUGCCACUAUCCUUUGAGGACCAUUAUUACUAAACUGGUCUGAAUACAUACUUUAGAAAUGGAAGACCUAUUGUAUGACAGAUCAAUGUGGAUACUGGAAUAACCAACUAAUCACAUUGCCACCUUGACCCACAAUAGUCUACUAAUUUGUUUGAAACACUUUUUUAUAAAAAUCUUUCUCCAUCAAUUACUGAUCAUAAUUAUUGCUCCAUAGGUAACAUGCUAGAACAGGACAUGAUGGAGCUGCAAUUUCAAUAAUGAUAAUCACUGGAAUUAAAAAAUCCAUACUACUUGAAAGAAAUUAUAUAUGGUGUAUAUGACUGAUGGACUUCCUACUCAUCAUAUUCAGAAAUAUCUAGUUUAAUAAGUGACUUAUGUGAAUCAGUUAUAUAUAUA